CUUCACACUUACAUGGAACUCGGUGGUGUUGAGAAUGUGACGUCCGUCUGGACUCCAGCGUGAGGAGACUAGUCCGAUUGAGCCCUCAUCAAUCUUACAGUGCCAGUCUGGCUGUUCGAGAGACCACACCUGAAGAGGAAUCCAGAGCAAGGAAGACAAUGAUAGAAGAAUAGCCAUUAGCAGCUGUUGAUGACUUUCUAACAUACGCCUCUGUAAUUUCUAAAACUUGAUUCAAAGUUGGGAAGACGCAUAAGAGAUCAGAAAUCAUGAAAGACUGGCACUGGAUACCCUUUCAUAGAGCAACCUGCCCCUCACCAAACUGUCCAUCUUUUAAGAUGUCUCAGUCUACUGUUGUUGAGGAAGGAGGCACCUUGGAGCACCUGUGGAGCUCUCUAGAGCCAGACAGUACCUACUAUGAGCUUCCUACAAACAAUCAUAGAGGUGAUCAUCCAGUAGCCUCUACCAGCACUCCAGGGAAUCACCGAAACUGUGCAGAGGUCUCCAUGGACGUUUAUCACAUCAGAGAUAUGAACGACAAUGUGAUGUCCCAGUACAACUUGCUGAGCAGCAGCAUGGAGAGCCUGGGGAGCCGAGCCACGUCCGCUAGCCCCUACAGCUCCGAAAACACGUCUUCAUCGGCGGUGCCCACCCCCUCGCCUUACUCCCAGCCCAACUCUACCUUUGAAGGCCUGUCCCCUGCCCCAGCAAUCCCCUCCAACACCGACUACCCGGGGACGCACACCUUCCAGGUGUCCUUCCAGCAAUCCAGCACCGCCAAAUCUGCCACAUGGACCUACUCGCCUUUACUGAAGAAGCUGUACUGUCAGAUUGCCAAAACCUGCCCAAUCCAGAUCAAGGUGUCCUCCUCUCCUCCUCAUGGCAGCAUCAUCCGAGCAAUGCCAGUCUACAAAAAGGCAGAGCAUGUCACGGAGGUGGUCAAACGGUGCCCGAAUCAUGAACUUGGACGGGAAUUCAAUGAUGGUCAAACAGCCCCAGCCAGUCACCUGAUCAGAGUAGAGGGAAACAACCUUUCUCAGUAUGUGGAUGAUCCUGUCACUGGUAGACAAAGUGUCUUCGUGCCCUAUGAAGCUCCCCAGGUUGGGACUGAGUUCACUACCAUCCUCUAUAAUUUUAUGUGCAACAGCAGCUGUGUGGGCGGGAUGAACAGGAGACCUAUCCUCAUCAUCAUCACUUUGGAAACUAGAGAUGGCCAAGUGUUGGGCAGACGAUCAUUUGAGGGUCGGAUAUGUGCAUGUCCUGGAAGAGACCGCAAAGCUGAUGAGGAUCACUUCAGGGAACAGCAGGCCCUGAAUGACAGUGUGGCCAAAAACGGCAGUGCCAACAAGCGCAAUUUCAAACAGAGUCCUCCAAAUAUUCCCAGUCCAAAUAUCAACAUAAGAAAGAGACGACACGGAGAAGAAGAAAUUUAUUAUAUUCCUGUUCGUGGGAGGGAGAAUUUCGAGCUUCUGAUGAAGAUUAAAGACAGUUUAGAGCUGGUGGAGCUGGUGCCGCAGCCAUUGGUGGACUCCUAUAGACAGCAAACACAACAGCAGCUGCUGCAGAGACCGAACCAUAUAGCUUCCCCGUCCUCUUAUUCUCCAUUGUCCAACAUGAACAAGAUGCAUUCACACAGCAGUCUUGGAAAGACACAAUCCGUCAACCAAAUGGUGGGGCACCAACCUCAGCAGCAUCCCACUGCAAACCCCACCAUCGCUCACAUGGGUCCCAGUAUGCUCAACAGCAAUCACAUGCAGGGUAACGGUGACAUGAACAGUGGCCAUAGCAGCCACAAUAUAGUGUCUGCCUCCCACUGCAGCCCUCCACCUUAUAACCCUGACCCCAGCCUUGUCAGUUUUCUCACCAGUCUGGGCUGUCAGAACUUCAUUGAGUACUUCACCUCACAAGGCCUCCAGUCUGUCUACCAUCUCCAAACCCUUACAAUGGAGGAUUUAGGUGCUCUUAAGAUACCUGAGCAGUCUCGCCUCACUAUCUGGCGAGGUCUGCAGGACAUGAAACAGGGAGCCACUCAUCAACUUCCCAACUCCAGCCAUCACCAUGAAUACCACGGCCAGCAGCUGCUUCGCUCCAGCAGCAACAUGGCCGCCUCAGCAAUGGCAGCUAUUGGGGCCACUGGCGGCGAGCUGCAACGUCAGCGGGUCAUGGAGGCGGUGCAUUUUCGCGUCCGCCAUACAAUCACAAUCCCUAACAGGUCUGGGGUUGUGGGGCCAUCAGGGAUGGCACCGGCUCCUGAUGAAUGGGCAGACUUUGGGUUCGACAUGCCGGACUGCAAAGAGUCCAGAAGCAAGCAUUCCAUCAAGGAGGAAUUCAUGGAAAGCGAUGUUCACUGAGACUGCAUUUCCAUGUAUACAUCAUUUAAAUGCUUGUUCAUGGGGUCUGUUAAGAUGAUUGGAGGUUUUGAGUGUUCUUAUUUUUCCCAAAGAAUUAACUACCUUUUUAUUUUGGGAUUACUCUGUGUAGCUUAAACAAUUAGUUUCUCCACAAGUACCUUGAGAAAUAACCAAGCAUUUUUGACAAAACUUACAUGUUUUGUCUUCUCAAACUUUAUUUUCCCUCACAAUGUUCUCAACUUGUAGAAUGCCAGCUGCCAACUUGCAA